AUGCUUUGUAGGAGUCUCAGCAUGUACAAGAGCAGCACAAGAAUCAACAAUUCAAACCCUACCUCUCUUUCGAUCCAAUUCAGACUUGAUAGCAAUCAAAAUCUUGAGAUGGCUUCGAAGCGGAUUCAAAAAGAGUUGAAGGACUUGCAAAAAGAUCCACCUGCUUCUUGCAGUGCUGGCCCAGUUGGGGAAGACAUGUUCCAUUGGCAAGCAACCAUAAUGGGCCCAUCGGAAAGCCCAUUUUCUGGUGGAGUAUUUCUUGUGUCCAUUAAUUUCCCUCCUGAUUACCCUUUCAAGCCACCAAAGGUUUCCUUCAGAACCAAGGUGUUCCAUCCAAAUAUAAACAGUAAUGGUAGCAUCUGCCUUGAUAUUCUCAAGGAACAGUGGAGUCCUGCACUCACCAUUUCAAAGGUUUUGCUGUCGAUUUGCUCAUUGUUGACAGACCCGAACCCUGAUGAUCCAUUAGUGCCAGAGAUUGCUCAUAUGUACAAGAACCAAAGGGACAGGUAUGAGACCGCUGCCCGAUCUUGGACCCAGAAAUAUGCUAUGGGUUAAGGAACUCAUUCUGGCCUUUGGUGUGGUGUGGUGUGGUGUGUGAAAAUCAAAAACUAGUGCGGAAUAAAUCACAUCAUCAUAUAGAAAAAUUGGUUGUGGGUUUGUUGCUUCCUAUUAUGUCACACUAUAAAACAAGUUGACUUUGCUUUUAAUACAUGCC